AUGCCAGCACGGGCAGACCAGGGUGACAGUCUGGGUCCUGACAGACAUACCCGUGACGUGGAGAGUCUGGAUAAGUAUGCCUUGGAGCGCUGGGAGGUUAUACUCCACUUCAUGGUGGGCUGUCCCAGUGCUGCAAUCAGCCAAGAUCUGUCCCAGCUCCUCAUUCAGGCUGGCCUCAUGAGAACUGAGGCUGGAGAUGCCCCCUGUAUCACCUCUGCUGGUUUCCAGUUCCUGCUCCUGGACGCUGCCUCUUCCCUCUGGGACUUCACCCUACAGUACCUCAACACGGCACAGACUCGAGGGAUGGACCUGGUGGAAAUCCUGUCCUUCUUAUUACAUCUGUGUUUCUCCACACUUGGCAGGGACUACUCAGUGGAAGGUAUGAGUGAGUCUCUGCUCACCUUCCUACAGCACCUGAGAGAGUUUGGCCUCGUCUUCCAGAGGAAUAGGAAGUCUAGAAGGUACUACCCCACUAGACUGGCCAUCACCCUGUCUGCUGGCGUCUCCGCCAACUCUUCCUCCACCGCUAUGGGCGCUGCCCCAGGGACUGGAGAUUCAGGUUUCAUCAUAGUGGAAACCAACUAUCACCUCUUGAUUGUUACACUGUACAUGAAAUGCUGGUCUGUGGCUUCUGAUCUUGAGUGGGAAAUGAUCAUGUUUUUCUGUUUUUGUGCUUUUCAGAUUCUCCACUUUCUAAGGACCAGAGGGCAUCCUGUCAUGCUCAAACAGAACCCAGUGCUACCCCCCCCCCCCACCACCACAGGCCAGAUCAGACUAUGGGAGCUGGAGAGAGAUCGACUACAGUUCUCUGAGGGAGUGCUGUCUAACCAGUGCCUCUCCCAGGCUGACUCUGAGGUGUUAAGGGACAGAGCUCAGAACCUGGGCUGUCUGGUGUGGCAGAACGUGGGUGAACUUGAUCACACAGAAGGGGCAUAAGAGAGGAAAAGGAAUAAAGAGAUAUAUUUUUACAUUAAAUUAUAUUUUUCCCAUAAUGAGUUGGUUAGGACUGGCACCCAGGCUACAGUGACUGGUGUUGGGAAAUACUAAAUGGAGUAAGCUACUGCAAGUGCUUCGUCUCUGUUUUUUUGUUGUUGUUGUUGGUGAUAUUGUCCGUUGUCUCCUUUUGGGUUGAUGGGCAAAUAAAAUGAUUUGAAGAAAUGUAUGACAGCCUGCAAUACCUGUAAUUUUAUGCAUUACAGGCAAACUUUUCAGAAAUGAAGCUUAGUGGUUAAGAGCGUUGUGCCAGUAACCGAAAGGUCGCUGGUUCUAAUCCCAGAGCCGACUAGGUGAAA